AUGAAUUUGUAUAUAAAGCGUUUAAGACAUCCGUUCAGCAUCAGUUCAUCCCAGUUCAUUCUCGAAGAAGAACGGAAACCACAACGAGAGCCAAGAUGGUGAAAAUCUACGUCCUCGCCGCUUUUCUUUUCUUAGCUAUAGCCGCUGUCAUGGCUGCACCUGCACCUGAAGAGUUCGAGCCCCUUGAAUACGUCCACCCGGUCGAAGAGCGUGCUGAUAGACAGAGAAGAGUGACCUGCGAUCUCCUCUCAAUCAAAGGAAUCGCUGAGCACUCCGCUUGCGCUGCCAACUGUCUCAGCAUGGGUAAAGCUGGUGGACGCUGCGAAAACGGAGUCUGCCUCUGCCGCAAGACUACCUUUAAAGAGCUCUGGGAUCAGCGAUUCGGUUGAGUCGAACUCAUCUCGUGAACACCAAGGCUCGGCGGAAUUUUUCUGCGUAACACGAUAAAGACUGGUGACGAUCUUCAUGAAACAUCAUGAAUUAGAAGACACGUUCCCUUUGUGUCAUAACAAUGGAUCCUCGCGUAUUAAAAAUUCUGUGGACCUUGGAAUUACGCUCUGCUUAACUAUACGACGUUAUAUUGCCUGCAUUUAACAUACCUCAAAUAAAACCAUAUGUACCAUAA